AUGUUUGAGCGGUGGAAGACGGGCGAGCACGCCCCCCUCUGGCGCCUGCGCUACAUGUUUGUUUGCCACUUCACCCAGGCCCUCUUCAUCGUCCUGCCCUACACCGUGUCGGUGUAUAUGGUGCGCGACUUCCUCGUGGCCGGCGCCGCGCCCGGCCAGCCCGUGCCCGAGCAGCGCGUGGGCGUGCUGACCGGCGCGCUGGGCGCCGUCUCCUCCGCGGCCGCGCUGCUCACCAGCUACCCGCUGGGCGCGCUGUCGGAUCGCGUGGGGCGGAAGGCCGUGAUCCUGGUGGGGCUGGCCUCCAGCGUCGCCUCGCUACUCUGGUACGGCGCCGCGCCCUCCCUGUCCCAGGCCCUGGCCGCCCGCGCGCUGGGCGGCGCGUUCAACGGCGUCAUCGGCGCGGAGAAGGCCAUGAUUGGCGACUGCUGCGACGCGCGCGCCGCCACCCGCGCCUUCUCCCUCUUCUCCUUGGCCUGGGGGGUGGGCGCGCUCUUCGCACCCGUCCUGGGCGGCGGCCUCUCCCGCCCCUGCGCCGGCGCCCUCGCCGGGGCCACCUGGGCGUGCGGUGACGCGGGCGCCCCGUUGCGCCGCUGGCCCUACCUCCUGCCCUGCGCCGUGUCGGCCGCGCUGUGCGCGCUGGCCCUGGCGCUGUGCGCGCUGGGGCUAGAGGAGACGCUGCCGGGGAAGUGCGGCGACGAAGGUCUGGGCUCAGGGCAGGCCAGCCUGAACCUCAGCCUGGCCAGCUCCGUCCAGCUGUCGGUGCGGCGUGAGGGUGGCCUGGACAGCGUCUCCCUGGACUGGCCGGCAGACGACCGCCCUGGCCAGGGUGGGCUGGAACUGCAGCCCUCGGGCCUGGCCCCCUCCAACGCCUUUGGCGGCGCCGUGCUCAUCCUGUUCACCCUCCUGGGCCUGGGCCCCGCGCUGCGCGCGCUGGGUGUGCUCCCCGUCACCCGCCUCGGCCUGUGGUGCGUACUGCCCUUUGCAGUCCUGGUCCCCCUGGCCAGCGAGGCGCCCCCCGGCCGCGGCGUCCUGCUGCAGGCCACGCUCUUCGCUGGCCAGGCGCUGCGCUCGACGUCGGCCGCCACUGCCUUCACCGGCUGCCUGAUCCUGGUCAACGCCGCGGCGCAGCGCUGCGGCGCGCUGGGCGCCUACGUGCCCUUUGCCGCGCUGGCACUCGUGGCCAUGCUGGCGCAGGUCCUCUACCUCCACGUGCACCUGCCCCUGGAGGGUGGGGGGGAAGAAAGGGGGGCACAGGAUGACGCUGAGGCCCCGCCGCUCAGAAGUUGA